AUGGCUGAUUAAAAUGUAAUAGAGUGCUCAGAGCAUUAAAAGUAAUGUACAGAUUAUUGUACAUUUAACUUCUGUGAAGAAAAAUAUCUAUUUAUCUGUCCAAGAUGCAUUUAAAGAAAAAUGAACCACACUUAACAUAAAAAUUGUCUGAAGGAUAUAAGCUCUUAAAAAGAUAUUAUGGAAGUUAUUUUAGACAUAAUGAUGAAUAAUUCUGAUUACACUUAUGAAAAACACUAAAUUUAAAAGCUUUUAGACUUAAAUGAAUACUUUAUUGACAGUUUAAAUAAAAUUAACAGUGGCAUACGAAAUUAAAUGAGUCAAAUGCUUCAAAAUGAUUAGUAAUUGUUUUAAUUUAUUCUCCAAAAUAGCUAAAUCAGUAACAAUAAUAAUAAUAUCCAAUCUAAUACAAUAACUAAAGUGAUAAAGAAAAUAAUACAGGAUAGCAUCUUUCAUGAUAAUUCAUUGUAUAAACAUAUUUCAGAUUAACUAAAAAGUGUUUAUCAAGAUAUUGGAAAAUAAAUUUCAAACUUUGAUAUAGUUGUUGACAAAAACCUAGAAUAAAAAAAAAAUAGCUUUACUAAAAGUAUUUAAAGACAGUUUUAGAAAAUUGAUGAAUUCUAGCAACAGUCUCUCAACGAUAAAAUAAAUAAUUUAAAUGAAUAAUCUUCUUAUUUUGAGAACGAUGUUAGUAUUAAUUCUGCAGUUUCUGUAUCUAAUGACAACUAAAAUAAUGAUAUGGACAUAUCAAAAGUCAAUAUUAAUUAAGUUUUAGAUUUAUUUAGUUCAAAUAUUAGUGGCAAUCAACCAAAAAAAAUUUUAAUAUAAAAUCCAGUAGCUUCAUCUAAGAAGGAAAAAUAAGUAAAUUUUAGCAUUUAAAGUAUCUAGCAAAGAGAAAGUAAAGAAAACGCUUUUGAUAAUUAAAUGAUGGAGGAGGAAGAAAGUAAAUAUGAUAACAUCAACUAAAUUAGGCAUUAUUAAGAUAACGAAAACCAAUUAAAAAAUAAGUAAUUAGAGAAUGUAAACCAUAAAGAAAACAUUAAAAAGAUAAAAUAACUUACAUCAUUUUAGCCUAAUUUAAUUGCUAAAGAACCUUUAGGAGAAGUAUCUAUAUUUUGUAUUAAUGAGAAUUCAAAGAUGAUUUUACUCACACAUAGCUAAUUACCUAAUAUUUUGUAAAGAUAUGAUUUAAAUAUUAUGGGUUUCCAUGAUUAAAAUAUGAUUUAAUUUGAUGAUGGAGAUAUAGUAGAUGCUCAUUUAAGUGAAGAUUUAUAAAAAAUAGCUAUUUGCUCUUCUAGAGCUGGCUAAAUUUAUAAAUUAGUAGAUGGAAAAUCUUACUAAUUAAGUACAAAUAAAGAUAAAAAUAUAUGUAGAAUCUAAGUAGAAAAAAACGGCAACACAAUCGUAAUAUAUGAAGACUUUUCCUUUGAAAUUUACCAAUAUGAUAAUAUUUAACCGUAUUAGUAUUUUCCUACAGAUUCAAUCUCAGACUAAAAGAAAACUUGCUACUUUGUAUAAAUAAUAGAAAGUAAUAUUGCCUUACAAUUAAUAUAAAAUAAAUGCCUUUAAGUUAUUAACUUAUAAAAUAAUCUGUCUCUUUUUAGUAAAUAAGAAAAAUAUUGCUUAAAUAGUAUUGAAAUUAAUAAUGAAAAAAAUUUAAUUGCUACUAGUGGACUCUCUGAAAUUGUCACUAUAUAUUCUUAUGAUAAAGAAAAAAAAAGUUUCACAGAUUUAAUUAAGAUAGAAACUGGCCACAAUGACGAAAUUCUUUAAACAAAAUUUAUAAAUGGUGAUCAAUGGAUAGUUACAAUCAGUGGAGAUUGUACAUGGAAAGUAUUUGAGACAAGGACAGGCUAAACCAUUUACUUUUCUUCAAAUGAUUCCUAAAAUGCCUACAUAAAAUGCGAAUACUUUGCAUCUGAUCAAUCUCUCAUUUUUAUAGAUCAAUAUGGAGAAUUAGCUCUUUUUAAGCUCUAAUGA